AUGUUCCGAGAGAAUAUUCCUAAUUUUGAUGCAACGUUGACUCCCAUUACUAAAUCAAUGAACAAUAUCAAAGUUUUACUCGAAGAUAUCACGAAUACCCGGAAAAAACUAGUGGAUCCAUGCGAAGAAACUUGUACUAGUUGUUCUAUAGAUGAAUUGUACAAAUUCCUCGGAAUUGAGGUUACACCCGUUACAAACCAGAUGGAAUCUUGUGCACAAUCUUCGGAAAAGUCAAACACUACCGACAAGGAAGAAGUUAAAAACAAAGAUGAACUCUCUAAAAACGUUGAAAAGGAAAUUCGAAUCGUUGCACAAAUAUCUGAGCAAGAAUUCAAGACGAUUCCAAAAUAUCAACUGGGACGGUUGACAUUGGAUAACUUGAAUGAAAUUGUUGGGAAAAUGGAUGAGUUUUUGACAAAAAAGAACAAUAUUCUCUCAAAAACAAAUAGGCAAUUGACGAGAAUCGACAGAGAGAUGUUGGACAGUUGGAGAGAAUUGGAAAUCAAAGCAAAAGGACGUCUCCCAACGACACUAUUCUUCAUCGAAAAUGAUAUUCGCCCAUUGUUGCAAGAACGUCUGCGGCCAUCAUUUGCUAAAGCCAUUCCAUGUCUCCGACAUAUUCGCCGAGUUCGAGAAGAACGAUGUGGUCCACUCACUUUUUACUAUUCAUAG